AUGAAGGGAUCUUCUUUUCUUUUAAACCAUCUAAAAUGCAAACUACUGAAUAGGUGUAAAAAUGAAAAAAAACAUUUGUUAUAUUCAACAGUGACAAAAAGGUUUGGUGAACUUCAUCAGCCAAGAACUAGAAGUGAAAAGAAAAGUCAUCUAGAAAUAAUUGACGAAGUGUAUUUCGAUAUGACUGAUGCAAUGAGAGAAAAAAAUAAACUAGAAAUAGAAGAAUAUAGUAGCAUACACAGAAAUAUUUCUGAAAUUAUAUUAAAUCAUAACAUUUCUAAAAAGAAUGAAAUUAUAAAAAAUAUUAUGCGAUAUUGCAUCGAAUUCAAUAGAAAAAAUAAAAUGCAUGAACAAAAAAGAAAAAGAGAAAAUGUAAACGAAGUAAAUAAAAUGGAUGAAGAAAAAGAAAUUUUUAAUAUAAUAAAAUGUAACAUAAAAGAGUACUGUAAUCAGUUUAAUUCAUGCGAAAUAGGAAUCAUAUUAAAAUGUCUUCUUAAAAUUAAAGUGAAUGAUUUGUCCUUAAUAAAUGUACUACUACAACAUUAUUUUAAGCGAAAUAUGAAAUUUUCUCAAUAUGGAUCUUUAUACAUAUUAUAUGCCUUUACUAAAUUAAAUCUACUGCCACAACAUGAAAAUAAUUUCAAACUUUUAUGCUCAGAUAUUUUGAACAAAAUUAAUAACUUUGAAUUUAAAAAUCUAUGUUUAGUAUGUAACUAUUUGUCUGCAUUAUAUAAUUUUAAUAAAACGAGUAUCAGAUACAUGGUCGAACAAAUCUGCACAUUUCUUAUGAAUGAAAGCAAGAAUAAUGAUGAUACUGAUACAGAUUCUAUAUGGUGCGAGGAUUCAAUUCAUUAUAUUGCCAAUGCAUGUGCCAGGGUUAAUCAUUUGAAUAAAGAAUUAUUCCAUUUUUUGAAAAAAAAAAUUGAAAAAAGAACCAUGUUUUUUUCCAUAGACCAGUUGGUAUCUCUAACAAAUGCAUACAGCAAAUUCAAAAGUGCAGAAGAGGAAAACUUCUUAUCAUUAUACCUACUCAUAGCUGAUGAAAUAAUAAACAAGUCUUAUUUAUUGAAACCAAGACAUUUGAGCGUGUUAGCAAAUUCAUUUAAUAAUGCUUGUAUACUUCAUGAAAAGUUAUUUCAUAUUAUUACUGAAAAUAGUUUACUCCUUUUAAGUUCAUUUGAACCCAAACAAAUCGUGAUGAUCAUACAUGCAUAUGUAAAUAUUGGACUGUCAAAUAAUGCUCUACUCGAAUCCAUAUGGAACACUGCAUCAGUAUUUAUUCCUGAAUAUACCCUUCAGGAGUUGUCUAUGCUACUGCAGGCAUACACAAAAAGUUCACAACAUCGACAAAAAUUUUUCAACCAAGUUAGUCUCAGAAUUUAUUCUCUCAUUACAAUAUCUUAUCCUUUUUUAGAAGAAAAUGCAACUGCUAAUUCUAUAAUGUAUAAUCAUGAAAAGUAUGUAAAAAUGCUCCAAAGUGUAAAAACGGAUGAUUAUUUAACUUCAGAAAAAAUAACAACAGAACAACUUUUUUCUCUUUUCUACUUAGUACAUAAUCAUCAGUAUUAUUAUAAUUUUAUGGAUCAUUUAUUAACCAUUAGUAAUAACAAAUAUAAUAAUCUCCCGCAUCCUGAGAUUCAUAACGAAAUCCAAAACUCCCAAAAUACUCCAAACAAGAUACCAAUAAAUGAUGAAAAGAAUCCAAACAAAUAUACUAACGGUUUUAAACAGAGUGAACUACAUGAAAAACAUGAUAUAGAUAAUUCGUUGUCAAAGUCGAUACCCUCUGAAGAACUCCCAGACAUGAAUAACGUCAGUGUUUGUUACAAUGAAAAGAUAACCCCUACGAACAAACUCAUAGCCGAUAAAAAAAUAAUCCAAAAAAGCAUAUCCGAGAAUUAUACAAAUUAUCAUGACAUGGAUGAAGAGCCAUUCUCUCACUUAUGUAUCAGAAACCAAAGAAUUAGUAAAAAAAAAUUUUAUUCAAAUGAAACUAAAAUUAAUUACCUAAACAGCUCAGACAUAUAUUACCCAGACACGGAAAAAAUGGAACAACGAUUAAUAAAGCACAUGAGCAAAGAUAUUAAUGCCACCUUGGUUUGCUCAAUAAUUUAUUCACUCAUUAAGGGAAAUUGCUUACUGCAGUAUGACUUGUUAAUAUGUUUAUCCAAAUUGGCAAUAAUUUUUCUCAAAAAGUUCAAAAUUUCGGAGCUAGCCAAUGUGUGUUCAGCUUUGUCAGAAGCAUAUAUACGAGCGUCGGACGAAAAUAAUAGGCAAAAUGAGCUCAUAACAAAAAGACAAAAUAAGAAGUUUGAGGAUCAGGAAAAAAAUGCAAAAGAGGAUAAACAGAAAGAAGAAAAAGGGAGGGAAAAAGAGCAACAAAAUGAGCUAAAAAAUGAGCACAGAAUGGAAAAUAAGGUCACAUCAUUCUUGUGCAAACACCAAACGAUUAAGAAAAUCACAAGUCCUAACAACACUCCAACCUACGAUGAACAGUUGUACAACUCAUCAAAGCUAUAUUUAUCAACAUGUACAUUAUUUUUCGACAACGUCGAAUACUAUUUGAUGGAGAAAAAGAAUUUUUUCACGGAUGUUCACAGUACAUAUAAAUUUAUAACGUCCUUUGGCACCCUUCGGAUGAGCAAAUAUUCUUCUGUAGCUUUACAUUUAUUUAGGUUGUCUCUCCUGGAAAUUAAGCAUUUGUCCUACUUGCCUUUGCAAAAAAUGGCAAAUGCGUUUAUGCAAAUGAAUGUUUACAAUGAAGACGUUUAUGCAUUUAUAAAUAAAAUCCAAAAGACGAAAAAGAAUAAAUGA